AUGGCCGAAUUUCAAGCCCCAGUUCAAUGCUUGAAAUACGCCAAGCGGCAGUCUGAAGGCCUUGAAGACGUGUUGAUUGCGUCGGCAGGUGGGUAUGUCUACUCAUAUGCGGCUUCCAGCGGCCAACGCAUUGGUACGUGGCCUGCACUUGUAGAUACCAACGUCGACCCUGCAUCCACCGAGGCUCCUCCUUCAGAAGAUCAGACACCACCAGAAAAGAGAAGGAAACUCUCGCCAUCUUCUGAGAUCCAGACGGAAGGAUGUCAAGUGGCCAAAAAUGGGACCAACAAGCAAUCUCCUGCCUGGUCCAACAUCCCGGUCGUCCUUCCUUCUCUCGACGGAAAAUAUGUCGUGAUAUUGACAGCUGAGGACAAGUGUCUUCGAGUCUUGAAUUUGGGUGAGGAUGGAAGUUUACAGGAACUCAGUUCGCGGACUAUGCCUAAGCGUCCAAUUGCUCUGGAUUUGACGCCGGAUGGCAAAACCAUCCUGUGUGCUGACAAGUUUGGAGAUGUCUACUCCUUGCCUUUGAUUCCAGGAGAAUAUGUGAAGCCUAUUGCUCAGGCUAAAAAUUUACAGCCCGCAGCCACAACCCUUACUGUACACUCAAAGCGCAAUCUAUCCUCGCUGGAGCAGCAGAAGAUGCAUGCUGAAAAGACCUCUAAGAAUCCAACUCCCGUGGAAGAGAAGUCUGCACUCAAUUUUGAACAUCAACUUAUCAUUGGCCAUGUCUCGCUCCUAACAGAUGUGAUCUCCGCAACCUUGCCAGGAGAGACUGCCGGCGGCCGCUCGAGGAAUUACAUUCUUACUGCAGAUCGCGAUGAGCAUAUCCGUGUCUCUCGUGGAAUUCCGCAGGCUCAUAUCAUUGAGCAGCAAUGCUUUGGUCACACUUCCAUUGUCAGCAAGCUUUGUAUACCUUCAUGGAAUCCGAAGGUUCUUAUUUCGGGUGGUAAUGAUGGCCAUCUGAUCCUCUGGAAUUGGAGCGAGGGCAAAAUCCUGCAGAAGGCCCCAUUGGACGAGUCGCUCCAAGAAUUUGCUGUUUGUGGAAUCUGGGAUAUUCUGCUUGAACAAUUGCCAGGCGCUAGUGGACCUGUUAAGAUAAUCCUUGUCGCUCUUGAAGGGUCACCUGAGCUUCUCUGCUACACUCUCGAGAAUGACAACACACUCAAGUUGCAGGACACAACAAAACUAUCAGGGAAUGUGCUCGACCUUGCUGUGAACACUUUAUCAGGUGCUAUUGCGGUCUCCGUAGAUGGCGUGCGAGAGCCUGGAUCUACCGAUUCGUGGAAGGCCAGCCCUGAGCCCCCCAGCCUGGAUGUCCAACAAAAGAAGCAGAUUGACGAUUCUCUGUAUGUCUACGGAAACUUGCGGAAGCGAAAGCACGACGAGGAGAAGAAGAAGGAUGAGGAAUGA